AUGACGACCGACGUGGGCGGGAACGUCGGCAAGACAUCGGAAGGAGCCGAGUCACCGUACGACUUUGAAAACCUCGUCGAACCACCCAAGUCUGUUCCAAAAGAGGUCUGCAAACAUGAUCGCGGCUGGAGGAGGGUGGUUCGCAACUUUACGCCUUCAUGGUUCUCCGUCACAAUGGGCACGGGGAUCGUGUCUAUACUACUACACAACCUACCCUAUAACGGGAUCUGGCUAUACUGGAUCUCCGUUGUGAUCUUCGCGCUGAAUGUCCUCCUCUUCCUCACGGGGUGUGUUCUCAGCGCGCUGCGCUAUAUAUUGUAUCCCGAGGUGUUCGGAGUCAUGAUAACGCACUCGGUGCAGUCGAUGUUCAUCGGCACAUUCCCCAUGGGCCUGACCACGAUCAUUAACAUGAUCUGUUUUGUCUGCGUGCCCGUCUGGGGCGAGUGGGUGCCGUACUUUGCGUGGGGUUUGUGGAUCUUUGAUGCUGCGGUUUCGGUAUUGACGGCCGUGUCGUUGCCGUUUCUACUCAUGGCACACGGCGGAGAAACACAUCUGUCGUCAAUGACGGCCGUGUGGCUUCUCCCCAUCGUGACCUGUGUCGUCGGGGCUUCCUCCGGUGCCAUUGUAGCGGAAGUGCUCCCGAACACGCAGUACGCGCUGUGGACGAUCCUCGUGAGCUAUAUUCUGUGGGGAAUCGGGGUUCCGCUCGCGUUGAUGGUGAUGGUGAUCUAUCUCCAGCGAUUAACACUGCACAAGCUGCCCCCGAAGGCGGUGAUUGUGAGUGUGUUUUUACCUCUUGGCCCGCUAGGCCAGGGUGGAUAUGGUGCCAUGAAACUCGGCCAGUGCGCCCAGGCCAUCUUCCCCCAGACCAAAACGCUCGAGCAGGCGUCUGGGCCGAUGUUCUAUACGAUCGGUUUCCUUGUCGCUCUCAUUCUGUGGUCUUUUGGGCUGGUCUGGCUGUUUUUCGCGUCUGCUUCGAUUGCACGCAGUCGGACCUUUCCGUUUAAUAUUGGAUGGUGGGGGUUUACAUUUCCCUUGGGUGUUUUCGCCUCUAGUACCUGUCAGUUGGGAGCGGAAUUACCAUCGAGGUUCUUUGAUGUGCUCGGAACUAUUCUGUCACUGUGUGUCGUUGUGCUGUGGAUUAUGGUCAGUAUUGGAACAUUGAAAGGCGUGGUGUCGGGCCAAUUGUUCUUUGCACCGUGUCUAGCUGAUCUACGCGCCCCGGAAGACAACAAGAACAAGGACGGGGGCAAGGCGGCCUGA